CAGUGUAUUAUAUUCUUCGCAUCAUCUCUUCAAUUUCAUUUUAUUGAUAUGCAUGUCACUACUGAGUGUACUGCUCUCUUUCGACAAGCUAAAGAUGCUGCAAGCUACAACUUCUUCUGGUGCCCCAGAGCAGGUCCUCAUCAGGAAAAUAAUUGAAUUGCAUGAUAAGUACAUGGCCUACGUGACUGAUUGUUUUUCAAACAACACACUCUUCCACCAGGCUUUGAAGGAGGCUUAUGAGGUCUUUUGCAACAAAACUGUUGCUGGCAGUUCUACUGCUGAACUUCUGGCAACUUUCUGUGAUGAUACCCCCAAGAAAGGUGGAAGUGAGAAAUUGGGUGAUGAAGCUAUUAAAGAAACACUGGAAAAGGUGGUUAAACUUCUUAUGUAUAUCAGUGAUAAAGAUCCUUUUGCUGAGUUCUACUGGAAGAAGCUUGCUUGGCGUCUACUUUUUUACUGUAGUGCUAAUGAUGAUCAUGAAAGGAGUAUUCCGACUAAGCUGAAGCAGCAGUGUGAGGGACAGUUCGCAUCCAAGAUGGAGGGCAUGGUGUUGCCAUCUUUAGCAGAGAAAGAUGAUGAGUUCAUGCUAAGGGAGCUUGUUAAAAGAUGGUCGAAUCAUAAAGUCAUGGUCUGGUGGCUGUCGCGAUUCUUCCAUUAUCUUGAUAGGUACUUCAUUGCUCAGAGAUCACUUCCUGCACUUAAUGAAGUUGGAUUAACAUGCUUCCGUGAUCUGGUAUACAAAGAAAUAAAAGGUAAAGUCAGAGAUGCUGUAAUUAUCUUGAUUGACAAAGAACGUGAGGGAGAACCGAUAGACAGGGCACUACUGAAGAAUGUGUUGGAUAUUUUUGUUAAGAUUGGCAUGGGACAUAUGGAACGUUAUGAAAAAGACUUUGAAGAACCCAUGCUCAAUGCUACCAGUGAGUACUAUUCACGUAAGGCGUCCAGCUGGAUUUUGGAGGAUUCUUGUCUGGAUUACAUGUUAAAGGCAACACUCUCUUCAUAUGCCUUAGUUGGAUUGUGAUCAUAUGUAUUAUUUAUUUUGAUAUUCUAACUUCUCUUAUGCUUUUGGAAAUUUCAGUCUGAAGAAUGCUUGAGGAAGGAAAGGGAAAUAGUGUCCCAUUACCUGCAUUCAAGUAGUGAACCGAAGUUAGUGGAGGUUAGUUAAAAUAUAUGGAAAUUUGUGGG